CCUCGUUGUUUCUGCUUGGUUACAAAAUGGCGUUGAGCGAUCUUUUGGAUUCUCUCGCCAAACCGAAUCCCACCUUUCCCGACGGAGACGAGGACUUUGGGGACAAUACGACAGCGCAGCUCAGCGUCCACGGAACAGAAGAUGAUGCGAAAGAUGGCGAUCAGAUACAGAAGUCAACAAAGCUGAAGAGACAAGCUGCUUCACUGUUAUCCGACACAGAUACAAGGUAUGCUGGGCGGAAGACUACGAGGAAAGACCUGAUGCAGGAUUCUGGAAAAGGUGACAGUGAAGAUGGCGUGUCGUCACAUGACAAUGAUGAUGAUGAUGAAGAUGGUGAAGAAGAUGAUGAUGAUGCUGAAGAUGGUGAAGAAGAUGAUGAUGAUAGUAAUGAUGGUGAUGAAGAUAUUGCAGGCUUCCGUCAACUCCUACAGAAGAAAUCUCUCGGAAGCAAUGACUUAAAACAGUCAAGUGAAAUAGAAGAUGAUGAUGAUGAUGAUGCAAUGGCAGAAGAUAUGGAUGGCAAUGAUGGUGAUGAUGACGAUGAUGAAGGUGAUGAUGGCGACAGUGGCAGUGAUGCCAGUGGUGAUGGUGACUCUGACAAAGAUGCUGAGUCAGAGGAACCUGCUGAGCAGAAAGAAUCGAUGGACAUUGAAGACCCAGGGGUCAACAUGAUGAAACAGCUCUCAAAUAUGUCCAGUGACAAACAGAAAGGUCUUGCUGUCCAAACACAACUUGGACUUUUGGAUAAUCUGUUGGAAGGUCGAAUUAAAUUACAGAGGGCAGUGUCGUUUGUUAACCAAAUCCCUCAACCCUCUACCUGGCACCAUUUCCAGGCCCUUGGCAAGGAUAAGUAUACCUCGGCUGUACAUUCAGUUCAAAACCAGUUGUGUCAUCUUCUCAACACACUGAUUCAUCUACAGACGUCUCUCCUUCUGAAGGACACACAGACAAGGCAUAUUGUCACUGGGGAAGAGAUGUCAAAAGACGGGGACAGCAAGAAUGACGACAUUGAAGAUGAAGAUGAUGAGGAAAUUCCUAGCGAUGACGAAGGGGAAGUUACAGUCAACCCACAAUCCUCUGUUACAGUUGACUGCAAAGUGAAGAAAAGGAAGUUGUUGCCUCCACAAAUCCGGGGAUUCCUUGCUAAAAGGGCACGUAAAUUUGAAACCUGUCGUAAUGCUGUGAUACAGAAAUGGGACACCAAGACCAGACUCGCCUCAGGGAAACUCAACAAAAAGUCUUUCAGUGCACUGGAGCAGUCUGCUUUAAAACAGAUUGAACAGGUUUUAUAUGACAGAGAACGGCUCAUAAAACGCACCCAGAUUCAGCGGUCAUCAUACAAGAUCUAUGGUCAGCCUGAGAAGGAAGAGUCCAUCACAGAUGACAGGGUGAGUACUUAGUCUUAGUUCUUCUCACUUUAAC